AUGUCGGGGAACGAUGAUGCGGCGAAGACAGCUAAAAUAGAGGUAUGGUGGGACAUGAUGGACUGUCCGAUCCCGGAGGGGUAUGAUGCUCGUCAGGUCCGUCCAAGUAUAGAAAAGGCGUUCACAAAACGUGGCUACUCUGGUCCUGUCUCCAUCACUGCCUAUGGCGACCAAAUAGAAACCCCUUGCCACGUCCUGCGAGCGCUCUCUUCCACUGGAGUCGCUGUUGCACAAACCAGAUCCGAUAGCACGCGCUCAGUCAUGUAUCGGGAUAUGGUGGAAUGGCGAGGUCAGAAUCCUCCACCGGCUACAAUUCUGAUCAUAUCCGAUCAGGUGGAAGGUGACUUGUCCUGGGAUCUGGCCCGUCUACAACAGCGCACUAGAUACAGACUUUUUCUGGCUUAUUCAAUGAAGCCUUGCAGUGAUAGGUUCCUGUUCCGUAAUGCAAAUUGGCGCUGGGGACAAUUACUAGAAAAAGAAGAAGUAGGCACACCACCAUCACUUGUAGCGGGUGGAUUAUCAUCUGCUGCCAUGUUUUAUUGCAAAUCGUGCAAUUUCGAUUGCCAAAGCCUGAAGAAAUUCAGGAAGCAUCUCUCCAGUUAUAAUCAUGGAAUGGAAGAGGCUAUAAUAUCUCUGGACACACGACUCGUAUGUGUAACGAAGAAUUGGGCAAGGAACUACCCGGCCACGCCUGAACACGCCACUGCUAAAAUACUGGUGUUGUGGAACAUGAAGGACUGCCCGAUUCCUGACGGGUAUGAUUCUCGUAGGGUCCGUCCAAGUAUAGAAAUGGCCUUCAAGGAACUAGGCUACUCUGGUCCUGUCUCCAUCACUGCCUUUGCCGAUCAAAAAGAAACCCCUGUUCACCACCUUCUAGCGCUCUCUUCCACUGGAGUCGAUUUUGCACAUACCCUUCCCUGGGUCGAAUACAGUCGCAUGGUUUCAGAUUUUGAUCGAUGGGCAGAUGAUAAUCCUGCUCCGGCUACAGUUAUGAUCAUAUCGGAUGAACUGGCUUUGAGGAAGUCCCAUUCAUCACUGAUUUGCCGGAGACUACAAAAGUUUAACUACAACUCUUUUUUGGCUUAUUCAGUUAGGCCUUUUGAAAUGCCAGUCCUGGCCACUUCUGCAGAGUGGCUCUGGGAAAGCUUACUUGCAGUUUCAGAGACCAGAAGACACAUUCUUCACAAGUGCAGUGAAAGUGAAAGGGUUGUUGCAUCUACCGGAAUGUUUUCUUGCAAAUUGUGUUUAUGUGAUUGCAAAAGCCUGGAUGAUUUCAAUAAGCAUCUCUUGAUUAAAGAACAUACAAAGGAGGAGAAAAGAAUAAUUACACAUUCUCAAUCUUUCCCUCGCCGGCAAAGGCUAUAUAAAAUAUCCAACUACCAUGAUGAGGUAGGAUAUCCUCCCAAGAACAAACGUAAGAGGAAAGCACCCUGGAAUGGUUUUCUCCCAAGAUCAUUACGUUUUACUAGACGUUGAUUUUGUGUUCUUACUAAUAUUUUUCUUUCUAAUCUAUGUUUCCCCUUGAUGUAUUAUUUAUUUCUCGUUUCUUUUUGCUUGUGCUCAAAUUUAUGCUUGUCUAUAUUUAAAUUAAUCUCAAUGCAUGUUUCUGUUUAGUACGAUUAUGAUUUAUUGUUCAAUUUAAUCAUAAUCUACUCUAUUAAAAUAGAGUC